AUGACUCGCAGCGGCCGCAGGGAUUUCGCCAAAAUGCAAUGCAGCGUCCCCGUCUCACUCGUGCAGGCGGUUAAACUUGUAUUUCUUGUUCCAUUGGAAUUUUUGGCUGUGUUGACAGCAGCUUCAUAUGAAAAUCCAUCAAGCUGGGCAGACACUGCCGUUGAAUUAGAUGAAGCAGGAGACUCGCCGCAGCAAUUAGAGGGACCGGAGGCAUAUGAUGAGGAAGCUCCCCGUCCCGUUAUUCACAGGAAUCACAUGAUGAUUUUAGCACUCUCAGUAAUACUACUUGCAGUCCUGCGCAUUAUGGUUGCAUCCAAAAAGGCUGCCGUUGUGAAA